UAUCGGUUAAAAUUUGUGUCAUUAGAAAUUAAUAUUUCUAUUCGCGGAGGAAAGGAAAUGACUUUCAAUGACUAAAAGAGUGGAAUUUUCUACGUAUCAUCAUCAUCAUCACAGGGAUCACAGGUGACUAAGUCAGUUAGGAAUUCAGUGGGUGGUAGGGAGAUGAAGUUGGUUGAUACGCACCUGGUGGCGUGGAGUUUUGCCGCGGGAAGGGGCACUGGAAACCGAUGGCGAUGACUGGGGUCAGGUGGGGGACCAGGGGCCACGCUGAAGCGUUCUCCAGGACAGUAGUUCGGUAUGUUUGUGCAGUGAGUGCGGGUGGAUGUUGAAGUUUAAAAUCAAAAGGUACAAACGCGCCUUUAAAUAAAAACCCAAGUGAAUUUUAAAUGUUUUAAUUGGAUACAAGGUGUUGUUCGCAAAUAAUGUGUUGGAAGUGAGUGGAGUGAGAGGAAGUUGUUUCUUCCCUUUGGUUCUUUUUUUUUUAAUUAAAUUUCCCACGGAUUUCCAGUAGAAGUCCGGCCGGAGAAAUGCGGACGCUUUACGUUGUCACAGUUUUCUCAAUUCUCUGGGCGUCGACGCAGCAGAUUCCCCAGGAUGCGAGAUCGCAGGAACCGCCUCGGGAAGCAUAUUUCAAUGGUUCGGGAUAUUUGAUAUUGAGUUCCUUCGUCUCAGUUCACAGGCAUAGUGGUCUCAGUUUCCGAACAUGCGAACCUGGAAAUCUUUUCACUCAGUGGUUUAAAAGUGAUUCGAUAAGUCUCAAAGUCAAUUCAGAGGGUCUUCUCUUUGUUGCGACUGUUAAUCAAAAACGAUACGAAGUCAAAUUAAAUGCUAAACUAUUGGAUAAUGUCUGGCACAAUGUUAAUAUUUUCUUCAAACUUGGCAACUUGACGCUUAAUGCCGCCAAUCACAAUCAGAUAAUAGCGAAUGCUACCUACAACUCGGCAAUUCUCACACUUCCGGAUCAUAGUGUAAAUAGUUCUCUAAUAGUUGGAGACAAAUUUCGAGGUUGCAUUCUCCAGGGACCGGGAAUACUCUUCAAUGACUCGAUCAACACAGGCGCAUUCUUCGGAUCCUGUCCAUCCAACUUCACAGCAUGUGGUUCCGGAAAGGGAGACGAAGUUUCCACCCCAAUAUCAACUAUGGACAACUGCAAACACGAGCCAUGCUUGAGGCACGGAAAAUGCGUGUCGAGGCAGAACCGUUACGAGUGCCACUGUUACAAACGAUAUUCCGGCAACAACUGCCAAAUUGACAAUGGUUCUCCGUGUUUGAAGAAUCCUUGUCACAGUGGUGGCACCUGCUUCGAGGAUCAAAGAGGCGAUUAUAGUUGCAACUGUUUACCUGGAUACACUGGGACUUAUUGCGAAACGAAGAUGGGAGAACGAUUGUGCAAAGACAAUCCCUGCAGGAAUGAUGCCAUCUGUAUUGAGUCAAACAACGAUUACAAGUGUGAGUGCAAACCGGGCUGGACUGGAAAAAACUGCGAUGUCAACUUCAACGAAUGCCACUCGAAUCCAUGCAAGAACUCCGGAACCUGUAUUGAUGGAAUCAAUAAUUACACCUGUAAAUGCGAAAAGACUGGAUACCGAGGGCCUCUCUGCGAGAUAAACAUCGACGAGUGCGAGGAUAAUCCCUGUCUGAACAAAGGAAAAUGCUUCGACCAUUACGGAGGUUACACCUGUCAAUGUCCCGUGGGAUUUGACGGCUUAAAUUGCGAGCAAAAUGUAAAUGAAUGUCUCUCGGGUCCCUGUCAAAAUGGUGGAGUGUGCGUCGACGAUGUUGGCUCCUAUCAUUGCAAUUGCCCUAAUGGCUUUGUUGGACGUAAUUGUGAACAUUCACUUGCCAUUCAAGCGCGUUUUGGAGGUGAAAAUGACAAAUUUUCACCGAACGUCUGUAAACCGGGAUUUGUCGGGACUCCACCGAACUGUUCGUUCAAUUAUUGCACCAGUAAUCCUUGUGAAAAUCAGGGUACCUGCCGCAAUACUAAGGACGGAUUUACCUGCUCUUGCCUACCAGGUUUUAAAGGACCUACUUGUCUAACUUCCGUCUCAAAUUGGUGUUCGUUUUGUGCCAAUGGAGGUACAUGCAUCGAAACAGUUUACGGUACAAUUUGUCAGUGUACGAGAUUUUGGACGGGAGCACAAUGCAAAGAACCAGUCACUUGUCGUGACAUGCCUUGCAAUCAAGCGACAAUGUGUCGCGAUUAUCCUGGUGGUUAUUACUGCAAUUGUGAGCCUGGCUGGACUGGAGCAGAUUGCAGUAUUGAAAUCGACGAAUGCCUCAGUGAUCCUUGUCGUAAUGGAGGAAUUUGCAUCGACCAGACGAAUAAUUAUUAUUGCCAGUGUCUCUCCGGUUUUACCGGUAAAAAUUGUCAAAUAAACUUUGAUGUCUGCGUGUCUCAACCGUGUCAGAAUGGAGGGCAGUGCAUCGAUAAGGUUCACGGGUAUUCUUGCAAUUGUACCCGGGACUAUAUGGGGGACAAUUGUGAAUUGGAAUUCGACGCCUGUGCUGUGAAUCCUUGUACCAACAAUGGAACUUGUACGCUAAUGCCACGAUCCAGACGGGACUUUGUCUGCAAGUGUCCAAAGGGAUUCGAGGGAAAGACCUGCCAGUUCAACACCGACGACUGCGUGGGAGUUGAUUGUCCAGAAGGAAGAGUGUGCGUCGAUAUUGUCGAUGGUUACGAGUGCCGAUGCAGAGAAGGUUACACCGGUCCAAACUGCACUGAACUGAUUGAUCCCUGCUACAUGAGGCCGUGCAAUAAUGGCAGUUGCGAAGAUCUCGGCAACAAGACCUUCAAGUGCAACUGUCACGAAGGAUACACGGGUGAAUUCUGUGACGAAGACAUAGACGAAUGCGCCCAGAAGAACAACACUCUCUGCAACAAUGGAAUCUGCGUGAACAAAAAAGGCGGUUUUGAAUGUUACUGCAAACCAGGUUAUUCCGGAAAUUACUGCAACAUCGACAUUGACGAGUGUCUAUGCGGGCCCUGCAAAAAUAAUGCAACCUGCAUCGAUAAAGUGAAUACAUUCGAGUGUGAUUGUUCACCAGGUUACACGGGCAAAACAUGUGAAAUUGAUAUAAACGAGUGCGAGAGUGAUCCAUGUAAAAACGGCGCCACUUGCAUCGAUGGAAUUGCCGUCUACAAUUGCAUCUGUUCAGUAGGAUUCACUGGCUACAACUGCGAGACAAAUAUCGACGACUGCGAAUCACAGCCGUGCUUGAAUCAAGGAAAAUGUAUCGACGGUCUCAAUUCGUAUACCUGCGACUGUGCAAAUACUGGCUUUGAGGGUGAACAUUGCGAGAAUAAUAUCGACGAUUGCAUUUCAAAUCCCUGCGAGAAUGGCGCCUCUUGUAUCGAUGAUGUCAAAUCAUUCAAGUGCCAAUGUUAUCAAGGCUACACUGGUAAUCGUUGUGAAAUUGAUAUCAACGAGUGUGAAAGUUCUCCGUGUCAGUAUAACGGCACUUGCCUGGAAAGAUCAAAUGAAAUGUACUACAAGAGCGAUGCCAUUAAUAAACCGGAGAUAUUUAAAAAGGAAUUCAGCUACUCCAAUGCAAGCGGGUACGAGUGCCUUUGUGUCCAGGGUGUGACGGGUAAAAAUUGCGAAAUAAAUAUCAACGAGUGCGAAAGUAAUCCGUGUCAAGAGGGGACGUGCACUGAUCGAAUUGGAGGCUACACCUGCGAAUGUAAUGAAGGCUUUGAGGGUGAUCACUGUCAGCAUGAUAUCGACGAAUGUAAACGUUACACGCCCUGUGUUAAUGGAACUUGCAUCGACGGACGGGCCGAUUACUUUUGCACUUGUGAACCUGAAUACGGUGGUAAAAAUUGCUCAGUCAAACUUACUGGUUGUCAGGGGAACGCUUGUCGUAAUAAUGGUACCUGCUGGCCUUAUCUGGUUAACGAAACGGAACACUUAUUCAAUUGCACAUGUCCCAAUGGAUAUCAUGGCGAGACAUGCGAUAAGAUAACAAAAAUGUCGCUGAGUGGAAAAUCGUAUGUGAUGGUGAAUACAACUCGCGACGAGGGUUACGAUAUUCAAUUCCGAUUUCGAACAACACUGCCCAAUGGUCUUUUGGCAAUGGGAAAGGGUCUUACCUACUAUAUGUUGGAACUUGUCAAUGGAAAAUUGAAUCUACACUCGAGUCUUUUGAAUAAAUGGGAAGGAGUUUUCAUUGGAAGUGGCUUGAAUGACUCGAAUUGGCAGAAGGUCUUUGUCGCUAUUAAUGCAACGCACGUUGUGCUCUCUGCGAAUGAGGAGCAAACGAUAUAUCCCAUUAAUUUGAACGAAGGUUCGAAUGCAUCUCAUACUUCGUUUCCAACUACUUUUGUCGGCGGUACGAUUACGAAUUUACGAAAACUUCCGCAUGGACCGCCAUUCUUUGUUGGUUGCACGGAAGACGUUGUCAUCAACGGCGAAUGGGUUUAUUCAGGAACAGAGUCAAAAACAGUUUUAAUGGAGAACGUAGAGUCGGGCUGUUCGAGAACCGAUCAGUGUGAACCGAAUCCAUGUCAAAAUUCAGGACACUGCACGGAUAUUUGGCGAAGUUAUAAAUGCGCCUGUGAGAGGCCUUAUUUGGGAAACGCCUGUCAGUACAACAUGACAGCGGCGACUUUCGGCUACGAGAACAUAACAGACGGUUUCGUGACCGUAAAAGUACACGACGCCGCCAGAAGAGCAGUGAGAUCGAUCAUCGACAUUUCAAUGUUCAUUCGCACCAGACAAGAGAGAGGGGACAUUUUCUAUCUGGGUUCAGAGCAAAAUACUCCCUUCGAUCUCAAGAAUCAGGAUAAAACCUACAUCGCCGCUCAACUGAAGGGCGGAGAACUUCGUGUAACGAUACAAUUUAACGGAACCGAAUCGUACACCGUCGUUGGCGUUAAACUGAACGAUGGAAAUAAUCAUCUAAUUCAAGUAAUACGAAACGUGACGAUUGUUCAGGUGAAGAUCAACGGUACCGAAUAUUUCCGCAAAACAAUAAAUGCGAUUGGUUUGCUCAACGUGACAGUAUUGUAUUUAGGUGGUUCUCCCCACUUUUCGCGUAAUAUCCGUCAAGUCGAAAGUAGAUCAAUGGAAGCGCCAGAACCGCUAGUCAAUUUCAAGGGUAUCAUUCAGGACGUGCAAAUAUCAAAUGGCGUCGAAACAAUGGUCGUGGAAUUUUUCCCACUGAAAGCGACAAUAAGUCCACGUUUGAAAGACUUUGGCGAAGUAAUCAUUGAUCAGACGAAAGUUCUCGAGAACGUGAGAUCGGAUAAUGUCUGCAUUAGCAGUCCUUGUUAUCACGAUGGUAAAUGCCACGUGACUUGGAACGAUUUCUGGUGCGAAUGCCCUCGCGGCUACACCGGCAAGACAUGCCAGGAAAUGGAGUUCUGUCAACUUCAAGACUGUCCCAUUGGCUCAAAGUGUCAGAAUUUAGACGACGGUUACGAGUGUCUGGCUAAUGCGACAUUCGACGGAAUUAACACGUCCUUCAGCUAUGUCUAUAAUCGAGAGGACUUUGAAAUGAGUGAAUUGGACGAGGUUAUUGAUUCGAUUAAAAUUUCCUACAGAUCGAAUACUGGCGGUACUCUCAUGCAUAUGGCCUCGCCAUCCGGCGAUCAUUACUUCACUAUUUUUGUUUUCAAGGACAUGGUGACUGUUUCUUGGAAAUUGAGUAUCGAGGACACGGGAAUUUUCACUUUUGGAAAAACCGAACCCGACGGCAAGUGGACGUCGAUUGUAUUGAAAUUGAGCAAUCAUUCGAUUGAGAGUAUUCUUAAUAAUAUGAAUGAUGACUCGGUGCCGCAUACGAGUCAGAACUUUAAUUUUUCACUUUGGUACGAGUUACUUGUUAAUGGUUCUGUCACUCUCGGUGGACUUGGAACGACUUUGUCUGAAAAGCAUACGUACGACAUGAUUGGAACUGAGAGGCAUAUUGAGAGUAGGGACAGAAUUAAUGGGAAUUCGGUGGAUUUUGGUGAUCAAAGAUUGACGACUGCAUUACCUCCGCACAGUAUGAUGACUGGUGAACCGUUCAAAGGAUGUUUGGGAGAAGUGAGAAUCGGAAAAAUGCUGUUGCAUUUCUUCACAAUGGAGGAGGUUUAUCAAAAUGCUACCUUUACGCCAAUUGAAUAUUUAUAUCUUAAAAGAGAUAACUCAACAGGAACGUACAGUCGAGAAGAUAUAGGAUGCAGUCUCUGUUUCGAAAACGAUUGUAAAAAUGACGGUCAUUGUAAAGAUAAAUUCAACAGUUACAUAUGCGAGUGUCCCGCAGGAUUUGCUGAGGACGAUUGUUCAGUGGACAUCAAUGAGUGUGAAGGCAAUGAAUGUCAAAAUAAUGCCACUUGCUUUGAUAAAAUUGCAAAAUACGAGUGUCUCUGCAAAGAGGGUUGGAAGGGCCAGCAUUGUAAUGAAGAUGUGGACGAAUGUGAAACGAAGAAUCCCUGUCAAAAUGGAGGAACAUGCAACAAUCUUCCUGGCUCUUUCAGUUGUGAAUGUCCAAAUGAAUUCAUUGGUGAUCUCUGCGAAACUGUCAAAUUAAUUACGUGCAAAGAUAAUCCUUGCAAAAAUGGAUCAACUUGUCUUGAUGUCGUCAAUUCAGAAACUGGGGAUAAUUACACCUGUAACUGUAUGAAGGGAUAUGAAGGAAGAAAUUGCCUUCCCUAUUGUCUCAUUAAAAAUUGCGAAAAUAACGGAACGUGCAUGACUUCCUUUGACCCUCCGGAAUGCACCUGUCAUCCUGGAUUCAAUGGAAAGUUUUGUGAGAAUAAUAUUGACGACUGUGCACCCGAUGAUCAGGGCAAUGUUCCCUGUAAACAUGAGGGUUACUGCAUUGAUCAAGUGAAGGGUUUCCUCUGUAAUUGCACGAACACGGGAUAUGAAGGUGUAGAUUGUACAGAAGAUAUAAAUGAAUGUGAAUUAGGAGCAAAUUGUGGCAAUGGCGUCUGUAUAAAUUUGAAUGGAACAUUCCGCUGCCAGUGUAACGAAGGAUAUUGCGGUAUAGACUGUCUCAAUACAAAACCAUGCAAAGAGGACGAGGAAUCAAACGAAGAUCAUCUGCUUGGAAGUCAAGCGCUGGACAUUGCACUGAUCGUUGGACCAAUCGUCGGCGUUUUAUUCCUCAUUGCCGCAGGUUCGUUGAUCGCAUUCUUUAUGAUGGCACGAAAGAAACGUGCCACACGCGGAACCUACAGUCCCAGCGCUCAGGAAUUCAGUAAUCCUCGAGUUGAAAUGGACAAUGUGAUGAAGCCACCACCAGAGGAAAGAUUGAUUUAAUUUCAUUCCAAAAAGUGGUAACAAAGGGACGAAAAAAAAUCCCCACUCCCUUUUACUUUCAAUUGGAAACAAAAAAUCCGAUAGUAAAUUCAAUAAUUCCACGAGAGAUUUCUGUAUGAGCCGUGAUCAACUUUGACAAAGUUUCUCUCGCCCUUCUAGUCCUCGUCUCACGAUUUUACACACGAAACUUUGUUCAUUUCUAUCUAAUAGCAAUGUUACAAGUUUACAAAACAAAAAAAAAAGUUUUAAACUAGGCUCUUUUUUAUCAAUGAUUCAUUUUUAAAUUGAAAGGAUAUUUUGGAGCUUUAAUGAAAGUCUUCUUUGCGAAGACAAAAAACAAAAUGGAAAACAAGACUCACGACCCUCUUGGUCGUUUGGUUUUCGUAUCGAAAACUGUUUAAAGUGUACUUAAAAUACUAUUAAAGUGUUCUUAUCUUAUUGUUAGAUUGAAGCUCUAGAGCGGAAACAAAACCCGUCCAUUUAGUGCCUAAUGUACUCAAUUCAUAAUUUUUUUUUUUAAUAAUUUAUAGGCAAAUGAAACUUAAUGCAAUAAUCACAUUCCGAAAUAUCACGUGUCUUAAGACAAGAUCUCCAAAGCAUAAUUGUGAACUAAAAGAUGAAUUCGCUGCGAGAUAAAAGAAAAGUUAUAUAAAUACACUCAUACUUGAAGCGAAUGUUCUUUUAUCAGAACUCAUGUUUAUUUUGGAAUUCAUCUCUUUUUAGUGUUCAGAUUCUUGACAAAAUGGAAUAAUUUCUUUUUUAAAGAAAGCAAAAAUUUUUAAUUGUGUAAAACUACUUUUUUUACACAUCUGUUCGAAUUUUAUUAACUCUAUAUUUUAUGUUUCCAUAUUUUAGUGACCCUUUUCGGUCAAUUAGAUUUUUUUAUUUUUCUAAUUACAAUUUUAUUGUAUUGUACUUUUUUGGUUUUUAUUUUAUUUUUCUGAUUACAAUUUUUUUUUAUUGUAUUUUUU